GUUCUUUAGGAUGCCACAAAAUCCCCCAGGAGUGGGCAGUCACGCUGCAAAACAUCCAGGAGCAUGAGCCUGACUGCAGCCAUGGAGAGCAGCUGCGAGCUGGACCUGGUGUACAUCACGGAGCGGAUCAUCGCUGUCUCCUACCCCAGCGUGGCCGAGGAGCAGAGUUACUCCAGCAACCUCCGUGAAGUGGCCCACAUGCUCAAGUCCAAGCACGGGAACAACUAUGUGCUUUUCAACCUCUCUGAGCGGAGACGUGAUGUCAACAAACUUCACCCCAAGGUGCUGGAUUUUGGAUGGCCUGACAUGCACACCCCUGCGCUGGAGAAGAUCUGCAGCAUUUGCAAAGCCAUGGACACGUGGCUCAACGCAGCGCCACACAAUGUGGUGGUGCUGCACAACAAGGGGAACCGUGGCCGGCUGGGGGUGGUAGUGGCUGCCUACAUGCACUACAGCAACAUCUCUGCCAGUGCUGACCAGGCUCUGGACAGGUUUGCCAUGAAGCGCUUCUAUGAGGACAAGGUGGUGCCGGUGGGACAGCCAUCCCAGAAGAGGUACAUCCAUUACUUCAGUGGGCUCCUCUCUGGCAGCAUCAAGAUGAACAACAAGCCACUCUUCCUCCACCACGUCAUCAUGCAUGGCAUCCCCAACUUUGAGUCAAAAGGCG